AUGAAGCAACCUGAAGCACAACCUAAUGUACUAAACCAAUUCAUGACUGAGAAAAGGGCAUCUAUUCGAAAUUCGGAGACUCAAAUUGGUCAGUUGGCUAACCUAAUGACAAACUGUGCUCAAGGGAACAUACCAAGCACUACAGAGGUAAACCCAAAAGAACAAUGCAAUGCGAUAUCUUUGAGGAGUGGCAAGGAGUUAGAAGAGCCCAGUAAGAAGCCUAUUCAAUUAGCGAAAGUGGUCAAUGAGAAAAGGGCUAUGCAUCAACAUUUCUUUUGCCAAAGCACUUUAAUAGAUGUCGAGUUAUUUGAAGUUUAUGAAAGAAAUUUUGACAAAGAAAGGAAACUAGAGGAUUAUGAGACAGUGGCACUUACUGAGGAGUGUAGUGCGAUUCAAAAGAAGCUACCUCCCAAGCUUAAAGAUCUGGGUAGUUUCAACAUUCCAUUCUCUGUAGGGAGUUCAAUGGUGACAAAGGCUUUAUGUGAUUUAGGGGCUAGUAUAAAUCUAAUGCCUUUAUCUAUUUUUCAAAAAGUUGAUGGAGUGGAAAGUGAGGGUAAUAAGAUUAAAGUUACUAAGAAGAAAUCUAUGGUUGAAGGUGGAAAGCGAACAGUUCGUCACAAAGUGAAAAGGAUGUUUAGUGAGAAAGCUCGAUUGUUUCAUGAGCGGUGGAAAGUUUAA